AUGAUGUCCGCUGUUAGCGACAAUGUAAACGACGUCCCUGUGACCCCUCAAGGUCCUUCGGUCCCUCAGGCUUCUGAGGACUUCCUGCAGAACCUCAUCGCCACGGUGUCAAUCGCGAACCAGUUCACGACCGAGGCCUCCAAGGUAGCAUAUGCGAGCUCUCGCCUGGAAGGGAAGGCCAUGCAGUGGUUCCAACCGACCUUGACCGACUAUGUGGAGCACGACCACGACGAGCGACUACCUCUCACGCGGAAGAUUUUUACCAGUUUCGAGGCCUCUGCAGAAAAAUCACCAAGGUAUUCGGAGACCCUGACCGGAAGCUUCGCGCCCAAGGGCGACUGGGGCGGCUCUGACAGACCAAAAGGCCUCAUCCGACUCUUCUACGGAGGGCUGAAGGAGGAAGUUAAGGACGAAAUAUAUAAGAUGGAUCAACCCGAGACUCUAGUCGAAUACAUUAAGAUGGUAGUUUGGAUCGACAACCGACUUUACGAGCGGCGCCAACAGAAGCGACAAGAGAAGACCGGCGCGGGGAAACAAACGACCAUAUACGGCAAGGAAUCAAAGAAGAUGACGUCCAGGUCGACCGCCACAGGUACCCACGCCGGGCCCAUGGACAUUGACGCAGCCCAGAAGGCCAAGACUGAGCUUGUCUGUUACCAUUGCGGACAGAAGGGCCACAAUAGGAAGACGCGCAAGGCGCCAAAGAACCCUUGGAAACCAGCGCCAAAAAAUGGAAGCGCUAUUGUGGAAGCAGAGGAGGCGGCAGAAAUCCAUGCGGUAGAACGAGCUGAAUCGACACGACUGCAGUUUCGGAAAUGGGAGUAUGACGAUAACGAGAAAACGGGAGCCUCGACUGCGAAGGACGUUCUCUAUUCCAGCUUCUUGAAGUCGGGAAACGGGCAUUAG